UCCCUCCCCUUCCAACCCACCACUCCACCCACCCGCUUCUCCUUCCCACCCCCCACCCACCCCCGGUGACUGUGCGGGCUCCCUGGCUGGCCGUGUUUGUUUGUUGAUCCUUCCUGGGGGGGUGGGGGUGGGGGUGGGAGAGGGCGGGGAGGGGGGUGGGGACUCGGGGCUGGGGAGACGGCGGCGGCUCCGCUCUUAUUGCCACUUGCGCUUCUGCUCCUCAGGCUGCUGCGGCGAGGAGGAGCCGCCGGGGCACUUCCAGCCGGGAUUGACAGCCGGGGAGGCGUCCCGCUGCCAGGUGCCCGCCGGUCCGCAGCCCCUUGGCAACCCGCGCGCCCGCCCGCCGGGCCAGUCGGCGGCCGCCCAGCGCCGCGAGGAGACGUCCCCCAUCCUUCCUGCUUCUCCAGAUUCUCCCUCGACCGGCUCCUUCCCCCGCAGAAGCGGGGAUCGCUUCGGAGCCGGACUGCUGCGCUCUGCCUCCCAGCUGCUCCGGGGGUUAAGAGGGCAGGAGGGCGGGAUGAAGUUCGGGGGAAACUCUCCUCCUGCCUCCUCCUCGCUUGCGCGGCUCCCCGCGUGCGACGUGCCCUCGUCCCUCCGCUGGUGACGAGCCCUUCCUUCCCUUGGAGAGUUCUUCGAGAGGCCCGCGGAAGAGAUCCGGAGAGGAUCCCCCCCCCCUUCCUCCCGCUCUUGUGGCUUCCUUGUUAGUUUUUCCUUCCCCCCCCCCCCUCCAGUUUAUUUGGACAUGGCCAGGGCGGCGAGGCUUGGAGAAGGAUCAAGUGUGGGAAAAGGCAGAGGAAACCGGAGCUGAAUGACAGGAUGCGGGAGACUUGAGACACUACACAAAAAGGAGCGGUUUCCCUGCGUGCGCACGCGACCUGCGGGACUCCUGGUGCCGUUGUUGCCGCCGCCGCUGCAGCGCCGCCGAGCCGGUGUCCGAGCCUCACCUGCCCGGCCGGAGGAUUUAAGGUCUAAGCGGGAUUGCCUGCCGGAGGGGCUUGCCUUUUCUGCCUUCGAUUCUGCCGCCCCGAGCUGCGAACAUGGACUGGGCGCUGGUCUUGCACUGUGCAGCCCUCCUGGUCACCCUCGGCAGGACGCUGAAGAGCGACAAAUGCGGUGAAAACAUAAAAAUUGUGGAACCUGGGUAUCUUACCUCUCCUGGCUACCCUAAUACAUAUCAUCCCAGCCAAAAAUGUGAAUGGCUGAUUCAAGCUCCUCAACCUUACCAGAGAAUUAUGAUCAACUUCAACCCUCACUUUGAUUUGGAGGACAGAGAAUGCAAGUAUGAUUAUGUUGAAGUGAUUGAUGGAGACAAUGCCAAUGGGCGAGUGUGGGGAAAGUACUGUGGCAAGAUUGCGCCUCCGCCUGUGGUAUCUUCAGGGCCGCACCUCUUCAUCAAAUUUGUCUCUGAUUACGAAACUCAUGGAGCAGGGUUCUCCAUUCGCUAUGAAGUUUUCAAAAAAGGGCCAGAAUGCUCCAGAAACUUUACGUCAAUGAGUGGGGUGAUCAAAUCACCUGGAUUCCCUGAAAAAUAUCCCAAUGGCCUUGAAUGCACUUACAUUAUCUUUGCACCAAAGAUGUCAGAAAUCAUACUGGAAUUUGAAAGCUUUGAACUGGAGCCAGAUUCAAGUCCGCCAGGAGGGAUGGUCUGCCGCUACGACAGAUUAGAAAUCUGGGAUGGAUUCGCUGAAGUUGGCCCUCAUAUAGGUCGAUAUUGUGGGCAAAAUACACCAGGCCGUGUCCACUCCUCAACUGGCAUUCUUUCCCUGGUUUUCUACACUGACAGUGCAAUAGCGAAAGAAGGUUUUUCUGCAAACUACACUGUCUUGCAGAACAGCGUAUCAGAAGAUUUCCAGUGCAUUCAACCUCUUGGAAUGGAAUCCGGUGAAAUUCAUUCCGACCAAAUCAGUGCCUCUUCUCAGUAUAGUACCAACUGGUCGUCUGAAAGAUCCCGAUUGAAUUACCCUGAAAAUGGGUGGACGCCAGGAGAAGAUUCCAUCAGAGAAUGGAUACAGGUGGACUUGGGCCUUCUCCGCUUUGUUUCUGCCAUCGGAACCCAGGGAGCCAUCUCGAAAGAAACUAAGAAAAAGUACUAUGUGAAAUCAUACCGUGUAGAUAUCAGCUCCAAUGGAGAAGACUGGAUUUCACUUAAAGAAGGAAAUAAACCUUUGGUGUUUACAGGGAACAUUAACCCCACCGACGUUGCUUAUGGAACUUUUCCCAAGCCAGUUCUGACACGCUUUGUUAGAGUCAAACCUGUAACCUGGGAAACUGGGAUAUCGCUAAGAUUUGAAGUCUACGGCUGUAAAAUUACAGAUUAUCCUUGCUUUGGCAUGCUGGGUAUGGUAUCUGGUCUCAUCACAGACUCUCAGAUUACCGCAUCAAGUGAGGUUGAUCGAAAUUGGAUCCCAGAAAAUGCUCGCCUUAUCACAAGUCGUCUAGGCUGGGCGUUACCUCCAACCACUCACUCAUACACAAAGGAAUGGCUCCAAAUAGACCUUGGCGAGGAGAAGAUAGUGCGAGGCAUCAUCGUUCAAGGAGGCAAGCACAGAGAAAAUAAGGUCUUCAUGAGAAAAUUCAAAAUUGGAUACAGCUACAAUGGAUCAGACUGGAAAUUUAUUAUGGAUGCAAGCAAAAAGAAGGUCAAGAUUUUUGAAGGCAACACCAACUACGACACCCCCGAGCUUCGAGUUUUUGAGCCCACAACCACCAGGUUCAUUCGUGUCUACCCUGAAAGGGCCACCCAUGGAGGACUGGGGCUGAGAAUGGAACUGCUUGGCUGUGAAAUUGAAGUGCCUACUGCAGUCCCAACCACUCCUAACAGUAAUCUUGUGGAUGAGUGUGAUGACGACCAAGCAAAUUGCCACAGCGGAACAGGUGAUGACUUCCAGUGGACAGGUAGUACUACAGCAGUGGUAACAGAAAAGCCGGGAGCAGUUGAAAUUACAGCGCAGCCAGGAAAAGAGAACAGCAUACAUCUUUUCCCCUCCACAAUUACUGAAGAACUGCCAGCAUAUGGCUUCAACUGUGAAUUUGGCUACAGUUCUCAGAAGACAAUCUGCCACUGGGAACAUGACAGCCGGUUGGACCUGAAGUGGGCUGUGCUCACCAGCAAAACGGGGCCCAUUCAAGACCACACAGGAGAUGGCAAUUUCAUUUACUCACAAGCUGAUGAAAACCAAAAAGGCAAGGUUGCCCGGCUCAUCAGCCCUAUCGUCAACCCACAGAACUCCGCUCACUGUAUGACUUUCUGGUACCAUAUGUCUGGCCCCCAUGUUGGCACUCUGCGAAUCAAGCUAAGGUAUCCCUCACCUGAAGAGUAUGACCAAGUCCUCUUGACACUGAGCGGAAAUCAGGGGAACUGCUGGAAAGAAGGACGUGUCCUCCUCCACAAAUCUGUGAAACAUUAUCAGGUUGUGGUGGAAGGAGAAAUAGGAAAAGGAAAUGGAGGAAUUGCAGUGGAUGACAUUAACAUUGACAACCACAUAGCACAGGAGGAAUGCAGAAGAUCAAAUGAUGCCGGGAAUGAAAUAGUUGAAGAGGAGCCAGAUAUUAAUCAAACAGGGUCUACGCCCGAGUACCAUGAAAACGGAGAACCCUACAACGAUAACAUCUCCCGGAAAACAGGCAACGUGUUGAAGACUCUCAAUCCCAUUCUGAUAACCAUCAUAGCCAUGAGUGCAUUAGGAGUGCUUCUUGGGGCGAUCUGUGGAGUCAUUCUAUACUGCGCCUGUUGGCACAACGGUAUGUCGGACAGGAACUUGUCGGCCCUGGAGAACUACAAUUUUGAACUUGUGGACGGCGUGAAGUUGAAAAGACAAACUGAACACACAGAAUACCUACUCAGAGGCGUGAAGGUGCGAGAGCAGCUGACAGAGUUUUGGAGAAAUUGAGACAGAAGGACAUAUCACAAGCUGCAGCUGGGGAACUUUGGAUCUUCUUUUACUGUACAGGCUGAAAACUGCGUUGGGGACGCUGAGCCAAGCUUUUCUCAGGAGCUUCAGUGAGUGUACCAGAUCUUCUAAGACAUGGACAACAAUCUGUGUUAAACAAUCUGAAUCAUGUACAGUCUACUUCUGUUUCUAAUUUGAAAUAAUCAAAUGCUGGUGUUGAGACCAAGUAUGAUUGGCUGAAGAGGGGGUGUUUUGUUCUGUUUCUGUCCUCCCUCCUUCCCGAGUUUUUGUUUCCUUCUCCUUUUCUGAGUAUGUUUUAUUUUUUAACUGUGCAAAAAUCCAAGAUGCUGUCACAAAGUGUAUUUUGAUGUGUGGGGGCAGGGGUCCUUUGGAGCAACAUGCUGUCCGUAGCUCGGUGCCCAGAAAAAAUCUAUAUAUUGGAGUAACAGCGACUUAGUUGAUUCCUGAAUUUAUAUUUGUGUAUAAUUGCUUGUGUUGUGCAUAGGCAAGGAAAGGGUUAGGGUGUUUUUUUGAGAAGUACUGUCGCCUCAGUACUGGUAUAGUGUGUCAAGCUCUGUUUACCAAGCAAUACAGUUAAGAAUUUUAUUGGUGUUUCUCAGUGUUGUACUAAACUUUGUGCUUGUGACUUCCAUACAAGAAAUAUGUGCCAUCAUUCAGAAACAAUCGGCAAACGGAGUGAACGGCCUGCAACUGUAACAUAACAAAAGCAAAGAGUCCUUGGCACUGGCUAGUGUAUGUCCUCUCAAGUGCCUUUUUAUUUGUGAUGCCUCUCAUUGUGUUCACAUUGACAACAGCUUUGUCUCUUUCCAGUGAAAGACCUUGACCUUUUUCCUUUCUUUUUUUUUUACUUACCCCGAGGACUCACUGACUAACAAGAAAGUAUAUUUUAGCGUAAGUAAAUCUUGAGAAGGCAAGGGCUAAGGAAAUUGGGUGGCUUGAUUCUUCCACUUUUCUGUACUUCGGUUUCAUGCCUCUGGACCAUUUUUGUACAAAGCUGCAAUAUCUCUCCCCCUCCUUUUAGAGUUCUUUCAGAUAGAAUGUAUUUUCAAAUACAAGCGCUCUCUUUCUGCUUGCUCUCUCGCUCUUUGUCUCUGAGUAAAUUGUCGCAAAGGCGUUUGCCACUAUCAAGAAAAGACAAAUGCAGCUUUAAUGUGCUGGGAACAGCAGGAAGGAUUUUGUUAGACUUUGUGUUUGUUUGUUUGUUUUAAGGAAAAGGUAAGGGAGAUUUUCUUAACUUUACUCUCCAAAGUUGAACUUUGUGGGUUUCUUAUUGACAGCAUAAAGUGACAGUAUCUUAGUAAAUCAUUAUAUAAGCUGUUUCUUUUAUUUAAAAAAUCUAUAGAAGGCAUUCAUAUUAAUGGACAGCUAUGAGGGAUUUUCUGUUGCUCUUUCCAUCCACCAACGCUAUCCAAUAUAAGGGUGGUCACCUCUGCGUAGAAACGUUUGUGCUAAUCUGGGUUACACUAAUGCUGCUACAAACAGAAGGUGGUGCGUUGGCCUGGCCAACCGUGAUAUGCUAAAUUAAAAUUAAUACAUAUUCAUAUUACAGUGGCUUAAAAUAUCACAAAUGAAAUCCUAAAUGUAAGAAUGUGUCAGGCCAGAGUCCAAAGUUCUGCUGGCCAAAACAGAACACUGUCCCUUCAUUUUCCCUUCUUUUUUUUUUGAGAAGCAGGUGACUUCAUGUUUGAAAAAUAUGUCUGCACAAAGAAUCAGACUACAAAUGCAAUAUAUUUAGUAAUUAGAUUAUUCCCUAAGCAACACAAGGGUGUAAAUCACAACAAUGCUAGUAACUACAAGGCAGUUUCUCCAUGUUCUAUUUGUGUGGUAAAUAUUUUGCUAAAAGGCUCCCUCACAUGGUGAGAGUUGGUAUUUACCACAUCACAGUGAACUCUUAAGGGGGCGGGAUCUAGAGUCCAGUAGCACCUUAGAUACCAAAAAUAUUUUUGGGGUAUAAGGUUUUAAGCAUCAAAGCUCCCUUCAUCAGAGACGAUGACUCCUGAAAACAUAUAUCCCAAAAAUCUUGUUGGUCUCUAAGGUGAUACUGGAAUUGAAUCUCGCCGUUCUACUGCACACCAAUAUCCUCUGGAAAACAAGAGUUUCUCUGGGUGUGGUACAUUCAAAUGAUCACUAAAGGAGGUUGUUCUAAACUUAAAUACUCACCGUGACGAAAGCAACAUGAGAAUCAGGCCUUACAAUAAUUAGGACACACUGCUAGUUAACUAUCCCAAAGAGAAGAUCGAGCUCAGUUUUCAACUGCACUUGUUUCCUGUAACGUUAGUUGCAAUCUUCAAGUCUCUGUUCCCUCCUUGCUUGUCACAUAAGCAUCUUAAGAUUUGCAAACAUCACUUUAAAAGGGUAAAUUUCCAAUCAAAGGCAAGCAUUUGGACGAACCUGAGAAGCGAUGGACCGAACAUGUUUGGAUUGUUUCAUCCAUACACUGCCUCCUUAUUGGAUGACUUAAAUCUUAAUCACUUUCACACAAACAUGUGAACUCUCUGUAUUGGAAAGUAUUGUGUUUGAGCCAAUGCCUGGUGAGGUGAAAGUUGUAUCUGUUGCCACUUGUUCACACAUACAAGCAAUAGCUUGAUCCUGUAUUCAACGUGUGAUGAACUCACAUGUACAAAUUACCUUGAGAAAUACAGGCUCUACCAUUUGGCAUUCAUUAAGUCCAAGAAAAACAUGCUUGGCACUUCCAGAGACCCCCCAAAUGCCAUGUUCAAUGCUGGAGAAGAUAUUAAAACCACUAAAAUCUUUUAAAUGAUCUUGCAUGGAUCUUAAGUUGCAAAUGCAAAGAAUUAUAUCGCAAGAAGCUCCUGGCUGACAACAUGAAAACUUAUUAGUAUGAAUAGAGGUCUGAAUACAUACACGUACAUACCUCCACCGGAGAGAGAGGGGGGAAAAACCCAAAUGUUUCGAUUGGUUUUAAUAGAUGUGGGAGCUCUGCUGUUUGUUUUGUUCCAGUUAGAACGGAAAAGUUUUUGGCUGCAGUCCAUUGGCUGCUCUGGAUCCACCAUUCGUUUCAGUACGUACCCGCGAAACAAAGUUAUACAAGAGUCGUGCUUGGUGGUUGGCAUCUGUUUUGGCUCUUUCCCAAACCUUGCUAUUGCCAGCCUUUUUAAUACCCAGGAGAGGCAUGUUUACUUACAGAGCACCACUCUGACAGGAAUGAUGACAUUUGCACAGGAAGCCGAUAGGCCAGCAAAGACAGCUAAAGCCAAGUGUGUCAAUCGCACAGACAAGCUAAGGAGACCCCUCAUCAAUGCAGCCACGUCAUGUUAAAUCAGGAUUCUGGAUUUGUGAUUUCCUCAAAAGAAGGAUUGAGUGAAAACUGCCCGUUGACAAAGGAAAAACGAUACUGCAACUUUAAAAUGGGGGAAAAAAGUAUCUUGCACUGAUAAAUAUAUUUAAAAAUUAUAUGUUUAUAAAGUUAUUAAUUUGUAAAGGCAGUGUUAUAAAAUGUUCAGUUUAUAUUGUUUUAGAUUGUUUCAUAAUUUUGAAAGUGUAAAAAUAACAUAUUUUUUUCUUUCUCAAAAAAAAAAGACCUAUAAAAUCUUCUGUAGUGUAAUGAUUUCCUUUUACUGGUAUAAUAUUGCUUCAUGUUUUUAUAAAAUCAUAAAACUUUGUGCAAAUUUUUUUACAGAAAUUUUUUAUUUUCUAUGACAAUAUGACACUUUUAAAUUGUUAUUUCAAAAUGAACAGCAAAGCCUUAACUUUAAAUGACGUUUGUAUUCGCGGACACUGAGUAGCAUUAAAGAAAAAAAAAACCACAUAGGAUUGAAUUGUAAUUUAAAUUUCCAAACAAUGACUACUACAUUCCAAAGAAACAGUUGAAUUAAACAUUUUCAUAAAAUA